UCCGAAUUCAUUCUCUCUAAACUCCCUUGUAAAAGCUCCCAUGCAUUCUCCUAUAUUUAUAAUAUCAAUUGGGCUACAGGUGUUUCCACCUAAAGUCCUCCCGGUCACUUUGCGUGUUUUUAACUUUUUACUUCCCGAAUCAAGUAAACGAUUCUAGACCCGGUCUAGUAUAGUUUACCCGGUAAGGUAAUUUACACCAUCAUUUUGGCGCCAACCGUGGGACCAUUAAGGUUUCUUUUCAUCUAAACACAAACCUACCCACAAAACACCACUCAAAAUGUCUUCAAGCCAACAAAUCAACGCUACUUCUGCUCAGGUGCAAGGCACCACUGAGGGGGUCAGCGACCCCAUAGUAGUCACACCACCGGCGAAUUCUGCCUCUGUGAUGUCGCUGGGAUUGACUCACGUCCCCACACCGAGCAUGGCGACGCCAUUCACGGUGCCAAUCCCUUCUGUUGGUCCAAGGGUCACAUUCCCACCAAGCAUGACCCAGUUCAUGAAUGACCCGGCCAACCUACAAGCUAUUCAGGGCUUUGGCCAGGUCAUGGCCAUGUGUCAAGAGAUCGGGGGGAUGCCAUUCCUCCCAGGCAUGUUUCCAUUCGCUCUUCCAGGCGCUGGAACGAUGCCCCUUCAAACUCCAAUGGCAGUGUCGCCAUUCCAGACACCGGUACCACAACAAUCACUUUUUCAACCCCAGCUGCAGAUGGAGGCGAAACUGGAGAAGCUGGAGAAGAAAAUUGGGGAGAAAAAUGACCAGGACAAACCCCUUGUCGGGUCCCCGUUCACCACAAGAGUCCAUCUGAUGCCUUUCCCGCGAAAGGUCAAGAUAGAUGCACCAAGCGACUUGGCCUCGAAAUUCAAGGCCAAGUUCCAGGAAAAUUGUACUAAGAGAAAGAAGUUCACAUAUCUUAGUACAGUCGGCCAAAGGGAAUCUGAGAACCUCACUCAAUUCCUUACCCGAUGGAAGGAAGAGGUGGACAAGGUUGAGGAGAUGGAUGACAAGACAAUCUUGUCUCUCCUCUUGAACGGCUUACGUGCUGGGGAACUAUACAAGGAGCUCUACCGAAAACCCCCGGCCACGUAUCAAGAAGCCUACCACACGGCGUGAGAAUUUGCUGAGGCUGAAACCCAACUCCGGGCGAAGAAAGAAGCUGAGCAUGG